GCGGGCGAUGGCGCUGGAUCCGCGGUGGUCGCUGGCGCUCUUCCGCGGCGCCGUCCCGGUCGCGCUGGGGCUGCUGCUGUGGGUGGCGAUAGCGGGCGGCGAGCAGGAGCGGCAGCAUACAGUGAAGCCCGAGGGAGACGCCGCGAAUUUGGCGCAGCGGCGGCGCCACAAUGAGCUGAUCAUGGCGGCGCUGCGCGAGGCGGCCCAGACCGAGGACAACGUGACGCAGCGGCAGGUGCCGUGGCGGAAGUGACGUCAGAC